AUAAAGACGUAAAAUGAAGAAUAAUUGAUGACAAAGUUGUUUAUUUCGUAAUUUUUGCAAUGAAUUUAGUGCACUCUGAUUCUGGUAUCGUCACCAGCUUAAGAUUCAACCAGGAUAAUGGCUGUUUUUCUUGUUCUAUGGACAAUGGUUUGCGAAUAUACAAUGUGGAACCACUUCGUGAGAAAACGCAUUUAGAUGCAUCUGUUGUAGGGAGCGUUGGUAUAUGUGAAAUGCUGUAUCGUACCAAUUUACUUGCUAUUGUUGGCGGUGGGAGGAAACAAAAAUUUGCAGAAAAUGCAGUACUAUUAUGGGAUGAUCUUGCUCAAAAAUUUGUGGCUGAAUUUACAUUUUCUUCUCCUGUUUUGUCUUUGAGGAUGAGGAGAGACAGGUUAUUUGUUGCCCAAAGAACACAGAUACAUGUGUUCUGCUUUCCAAAUAAUCCUGCUAAAUUGUUUACAUUUGACACAGGUGUUAAUCCACGAGGUCUGUGUGAAGUCAGUCCAUUUCCUAGCUCAGAAAGGCAGCUGCUUGUAUUCCCAGGUCACAUUUCAGGGAGUAUACAAAUAGUGGACUUGGCUAAAAUUCAUCCUGGCAGCUCAGCCACACCAAUCACGCUUAACGCCCAUACUUCAGAUGUCGCUUACAUUGCAAUAAACCAUCAAGGAACUUUAGUUGCUACAGCCUCUGUGAAGGGUACUUUGAUAAGAGUAUUUGACACAUACAGAAAGCUUCUUUUGAUUGAAUUACGUAGAGGUUAUGAUCCUGCAUCAGUAUAUUGCAUAAAUUUUAGCAGUGAUUCAGAUUUUCUGUGUGCAUGUAGCGACAAAGGAACUAUCCAUAUAUUUGCUCUGAAAGAUUUUCAUCUCAACAAAAGAUUAGCGUUCCCAGCUUCCAAACUAAUAGGAUCUUAUGGAGAGUCUCAGUGGGCAUUUGCUAAAAUAAAUGUGACUCAAGAUAGCAGAUGUAUUUGUGCCUUCGGAUCUAAUUCCUCUGUUUAUGUUGUUUGUGUUGAUGGGACUUUUCAUAAAUAUGUGUACACAAAUGACAGAAGCUGCAACCGGGAAUCUUAUGAUGUUUUCCUUAAUUUGUGUGACAACAGUGAUUUUUAAAACUUGUCAUAUUCUUAUAAUGUGAUAUUUAAUUUUCAAAGGUUUGAAGAUAUAUUUUUGAUGAAUAAAUACUACAGUUUGUGAAACCCUGAAAACCAAACUAUGUAUCAAUUUUUAAAUCUAGACAUAAACUUAUUUAUAUUUAUGAUUUAUUUGAAAUAGGCUAUGUGUUUCUGUGCCAUAAGGUUUUAAUUACGAUUUUGUAUAACCAAAUGUUUUUAAAAUGCUUUGUCUUUUACAAAAUUUCUUUUGUGUGUUAUCCUUAUUGAUUUUCUAAAAUAUUUUUAUCUUGCUUAAAUUAUUUUGAGUGUGUCUAAUUAGUUAUAAAUGUUUGUGUUUGUUUGUCUUUUUUUUUUUCAAUGUGUAAUAUAUUAUGAACUUUAUAAACUUACAAUGAAAAAGUCUUAUUUUGGUGCUAGAUCUUUUGCUUUGAAUAAACUCAAUUUAACUUAGUUCAAUGUAGAUUUUAACUGGUAAAGAUAUUUUCAUACUCUUGCAUCUCAAUAAGUUUGGUAAACUCAACAACAAACGCUCUGGGACCACGAAAAUCCUUUGUUUUGGAUGGAAUUCAUUUCAAUUAAAUUUCCAUAUUGCUGUGUACAGUGUGUAAAUAAAAUUGUGUCUUUGUCAAAACUAUAGCUAAGUUCCUGAUAAAGUGUAUAGGUACUAGAACUCUCUUAACUGUCUUUAAAGCUUAUGGUUAAAUGAAUAUAAAAGCAACAAUUUGUUCAACACAGUCUUUUUGUUUCUGAAAUUGAAUGUUUAGACAAUUGGAAACUUCUCAUCAUAAAUAUAGCUAAAAGUUGAAUGAAUAGAAAAAGUAAUAUUUCAUUCAAUGCUAUCUUUUUGUUUUGAAAUAAAAUGUUUAGGAAAUUGGAAGCUUUUUUUCAUAAACCUUUGUAAUGCGAAUACGUGCAGAAGUUGGUAACCUUUAAAUUUCAAGCAAAAUAUACUUUUUGAUUCUUCUCUUAAUCUCAUCAAAAAGUAGGGAAAAUUUUUUAUUGUUCUUAUUUUUGAACUACGGUUCAUUACAGUAUAUUUUAGAUACAUCCCCCCCCCCCCCCCAAAUCUAAUGCACGUUGAGGAAGUGAAAACUCAAUGCUAUUUUGCUUCUCGACUUUGAUUCCAAAUAUUUUAGCUUAUGUUGCUUCAGAAACAAGGAAAAUUAUCCGCUAAGCUUUUCGUGUUUAUAAAUUGUUCAAAAAAGACUUUUUCAAUACUUCUCUCUCCAAAAUUCAUAAGUAUUUGUUCUGUGCUAAUUGCAAAAAUAACAGAAAAGUUGUUUAUGUUUAUGCAUUUGCACAAAUCUCACUCUAUGUGAUGCUUAAAUUGUUGGAUAUGUUGUGCAAAGACAUUUAAACUUUUUGUUUUAAAUUGUACUUAAAAAAGCCAUCAACAUUAUUGAAGGGUCAAGUCUGAAAGGUGUGGCCAUCAAGUAUUUCAAGUAUACAGAGGAAGCUUUUAUGCAACUCAAAUUAUUUAAGAAUUAGGUCAUUUUUUAUUAGUAAACAAGGACACUAUAUUUUUAUCCAUCCAACAUGUAUAUUUUUCUCACCUAGAGGAUACCUUUUUAACUUUUUUGCUGAUGUAAAAGCUAGCUCCACCACUAUGUGGUUAUGAAAAAGCUGAUUGCUGCAUUUCUUUCACAGUUAUGUUAUGUCUUUGAAGUAAUUUGAGACAAGAAAUGUUUUAUUUUGGAUCAUAAAUAUGGUCGAUCAUAUCACAAGUACUGAAAGUGUGUUAUACUGUAAAAACGUUCAAUGAGCUAACUUGAGUCAAAUAUUUUCAAUGUAUUGAAUUUUAAGCCAUUGAUUCCCUCUCCCCACAAGAUUUGGGUUUUUUUUUUUUUUUUUUUUGCCUGAAGUACAUUAAAAUUAUUGCUUCACUUAUUUUCUGCGUAUAUUUAUUUUUUCAUCUAAUUUUUACUUAUAAAAGUAAUAUAGAAAUAUAAUCCAGUUUUUAUCGUAAAUCACAAACUCAGUUUUAUGCUCUUUUAUCCCUAAGUGACAAAUCAUAUUUUUUAACGUAAUUGUUCUGGAAUUUGUUGAUGUUUCUAGGUUUUUUUUUUUUUUGUUUUUUUUGUAUGAUGCAUGAAUUGUUGCAUUUUAAGGUUAAAUAUUUGCAAUACAUUCAGAAAAUUGCUAUCAAGAUUUAAAUUUUAAAAAAAAAUAAAUAAACUGCCUGCAUUUGAAUUUUAAAUUUACAAAACUCCUUUUUGUCAAAAAUUCAUAAAAAAGCAGUCAAGUAGUGUGAUUGUGUGUGUAUAUGUAAAACUGGUUUGCUUCUGUUUUCAGUCUUAUAAGCUCAAGUGUUUUGUGAAACAUCUAGUGCAAUGAAUGUUUUAGAAUACAAUUAUGUUGGCUGAAAAUACUUUAACAAGAAAAAUCACUUGUAUGAUUUUUUAAUUUCAUGCAAUAAAAAGUUACAAUAAGUGUUGCAUAAAUUCUGUUCAAUGCAUUAUAAUUUACUAAAAUGAAUAAUUUAUUUAUUUUAAGUAUGUUUUGUAAUUACCUUAUUUAUUGUUUUAUACAUGAAGAUGAAAAUCAUGUGUAAAUAUUGUAUGUACAUCAGACAAGUCUAGAAAUGUUUGUUGACUGUUGAAAUAUCACAUGUUUUUGCGCACAAGUGUAAAUAUAGAAAGAAAUAUAAUGUUUAUUCAUUGGAAAAAUGCAGUUUAGGUAAAAGUUGAAUGCAAAGGUAAAUUUUUUAAAAGAUUUUGGCAUUUUAUCCAAAAUAAGAAAAGUAAUUUGGCUUCACUUACUAGUCAUUAUUUUUUUUAAUACAGUGAAACCUGUGUAAGUUGACCACUCGGGGUGCAGUACUUUAGUGGUCAACUUAGACAGGUGGUCAACUUACAAAGGGUUUGUUAUAAGGUUCUCAGCCAAAUUUGUUGCAUAUUGGUGGUCAAGAUAGACAGGUGAUCAACUUACAAAGGUGGUCAACUUUACAGGUUUUACUGUAUAUUCAACAUCUUCUAUAACACAAUUUCAAGUUAAUUUAAGUUAAAAGUUUACUAUUUUUUCAGUCUUUUAUGUUAACAGGGUUGCCACACCACAGGGAAACCUGAAGAAGCAGGGAAAAUACAGGGAAUUCAAUAAUCAACAAAAAAACAGGGAAAAUCCAGGGAAUUUUGAAAAUUUCUUCAAAAACCUGGAAAAUGCAGGGAAUUUUUUAAUUGAAGUUGAAAAAUCAGUUUUCAUAUAUAUCAA